AUGGCAAUGACAGGCCCAACACCGUGCUCCUCCAUGAGCAAUCACACCAAGGAGCGAGUUACGAUGACAAAGGUGACAUUAGAAAACUUCUACAGCAAUCUCAUCGCGCAGCAUGAAGAACGAGAGAUGAGACAAAAGAAGCUAGAACAAAUGAUGGAAGAAGAAGGCUUAAAAGAUGAAGAGAAAAGAAUCAGGAGGUCAGCACACGCACAAAAGGAAACGGAGUUUCUUCGGCUAAAGAGAACAAGGCUUGGCUUGGAAGACUUUGAGUCUUUAAAAGUCAUAGGCAGAGGAGCCUUUGGAGAGGUGCGACUUGUCCAGAAGAAAGAUACGGGGCAUGUUUAUGCAAUGAAAAUACUACGUAAAGCUGAUAUGCUUGAAAAAGAGCAGGUGGGCCAUAUUCGUGCGGAGCGGGACAUUCUAGUGGAGGCAGACAGCUUGUGGGUUGUGAAAAUGUUCUAUAGUUUUCAGGACAAGCUAAACCUCUACCUUAUCAUGGAGUUCCUGCCGGGAGGUGAUAUGAUGACACUGUUGAUGAAAAAAGACACUCUAACAGAAGAAGAGACACAGUUCUAUAUAGCCGAGACCGUGCUAGCCAUUGAUUCUAUUCAUCAGCUGGGUUUUAUCCAUCGAGACAUAAAACCAGACAACCUUCUUCUGGAUAGCAAGGGCCACGUAAAACUCUCAGAUUUUGGUCUGUGUACUGGACUAAAGAAAGCCCACAGAACAGAAUUUUACAGAAACUUGAACCAUAGUCUUCCUAGUGACUUCACUUUCCAGAACAUGAAUUCCAAAAGGAAAGCAGAGACUUGGAAGAGAAACAGACGGCAGUUGGCUUUUUCUACUGUGGGUACUCCGGAUUACAUUGCCCCUGAAGUCUUCAUGCAGACCGGCUACAACAAACUUUGUGACUGGUGGUCACUUGGGGUCAUCAUGUACGAGAUGUUGAUUGGUUAUCCACCAUUCUGUUCUGAGACUCCUCAAGAAACAUAUAAGAAAGUAAUGAAUUGGAAAGAGACUCUCACAUUUCCUCCAGAAGUUCCGAUAUCUGAUAAAGCAAAGGAUCUUAUUUUAAGAUUUUGCUGUGAAUGGGAGCACAGAAUUGGUGCGUCUGGCGUGGAGGAAAUAAAGAGUAACCCCUUCUUUGAAGGGGUUGAUUGGGAGCAUAUCAGAGAGAGACCUGCUGCAAUUUCAAUAGAAAUCAAAAGCAUUGAUGAUACCUCGAACUUUGAUGAAUUUCCAGAAUCCGAUAUCCUUAAACCCACAGAGACUGACUACAAGAACAAAGACUGGGUUUUUAUCAAUUACACCUACAAGCGUUUUGAAGGUCUGACAGCCCGAGGAGCAAUACCAUCCUAUAUGAAAGCAGGAAAGUAA